ACAUCGGUGGAGGACCGGUGCUAACACGUUUAGUUUUAGUUUUGGAUCUGUCAGUCUGAAUAAACAAAUAAAAGUUCAAUGUUUUGGUUUGCAUUUCGGGUUUUCGCAAUCGGUGGACGAAAUAAAAUUAAUUUUCUAAAGUUAUCGGAACUCGUUGUACAAUAAUCAAUGUGUGAAAAGUGAAACAUAUAGUCUUCUCUCUUAAUUGGAUGUGAAGGAAAAGCUGGACAAAGGUUUACAAUGUACAGUGAACUAUUGCACACAUAAACAAACUGUAGCUCUGGGAUCCUCGAAAAACUUCUCUACUCGCAGAUCAGGAACAUAGUCCAUACCUGAAAAUGGCGGAGGUUAAGAAGUGCAAGCCAUUGUUCAGCAAGUGGAGUCGUGGGACACAGGCCAUUGCGGCAGAUAUAGACUUGGCAUUCGCCAGAAGAUCGGAUCUAUUGAAUAUGCUUGUUGAAGAUAAACCGAUUCAUGCUAUUGGAAAUACCCCCAUAGUUCCCCAGUGCAGAUUUUGCCUCCGAAGAGCAUCUCCAGAAAAUCUGAAAAUUAUUCUCAGGGAAGAUAGUACAAGAGCGCAAGCUGCUUUUCAGAUUCGAGUAUUUCAUUUCGAUGCGUAUCCAUAUGCUUGCUCGAACUGUUUGAAUAUGGUCGACAUAAUUUUAGAUUAUAAAAUAGCAGUAACCAAGGCACAUAAUCUACUGCUUGAUAAACGAUUAUAUUUGGAAAGCGAUGGAUGGGACGAGCCAAUGAAUAUUGAAUGUUUCAAGCAAUGCAAGUCUGCUAUAGAGGAACAUCGGCUGCAUAUAGAUGAAAUUUACGACAAACUCAUGGUGCGAGAAGGAAAAAGAAAUUCGUCAACCCUGCAACCAAAAAUAGAAUCGGAUAUUGAACCUGCUACAGUUGAAACAACUAAUGAUGUCAACCAUUCUUCCGAAAACGAAAUGGAUAUUGAGGCUACUGUUGAAUAUCUUUACGAUUCUGAUGUGAAUGAGAUAGAACAUCCAUUGUUGGUAGAUAACGGUUCGACAGAUGCUGAAAAUGCAAUGGUUUCGCAACAAGUUCUUGAAUUGCCCUCUGAGAUUGCUGAUAACACCGAAAUCCAUAUAGUUACGUCAGAGAGUACGCAUGUUAUAACACCAACCAAGAUGAGAAAAGCAAAGGAAAAGAAAAUCCAUUAUUCCUCCGAAUCUGAACAAGACCCUGAUGACAAAAACUAUGAGCUAGAUGUUUUGUAUCAAUCUGAAGAUGAAGACGAAGACCCUGAUUAUAAACCAGAAACAAUCGAUUUGAAACACGACGAAUUCAUAAAAAAAGAAUUUGAUGAUGGCGAAGACCCUGAUUAUGAACCAGAAACAAAUAUUUUGAAACACGAGAACUCUGUAAAAGCAGAAUGUGAACCAGAAAAUUCAGAGAUAGUUGUAUCAAAAAGGAAGAAAUCACGUAAAAAGCGAACAACGAUGAUAAAAGAGAACAAACCAAAGAAGACGAAGCGAACGAACCGACCCCCGCAAAAAGUUCAGUUAGUUUUGUGUGAUUUAUGUGGAGAAUCAGUGUAUCCUGAAACCAUCGAAGGACACCGAAAUCGUCAUUUAGGAAUCAAACCGUACAACUGUCCUGCCGAUGGCUGUGAUUGGACGUUCUACGGUCGAGCCAACAUGCAAACCCAUGUGCGACGGGUACACCCGCAGAACGGAGUACAAUCUUUGGAGUGUGACGUAUGCGGCAAGUUCAUCAAAGGCACACAUGGGAAAUUGAAUGUCCACAGGAAUCUCCAUUUCCGAAAGGAAAGAAAUUUCGUCUGCCCCUUGUGUGGUAAGGGAUUCACAAAGAACCGAUACCUUAAGCAACAUUCAAUCACACACACCGGACUGUUUCCACACGAGUGUAGCUAUUGCGGCAAAAAGUUCAACAACAAGUGGAGUAUGAAGACGCACGAGAAAAACAUUCACGAAAAGAGAAGUCAAAUGGCAUCUAGUUAAGAUUGAGUGAAGCAUACAGGAUUAAAAUCAACUGAAUUGCUUUGUUAUAAAAGAAAUAGUUAUGUU